UUGCGUCAGAACCGUGCGCGCUCUCCACUCGAACGAACCUCUUGCACAAAACGAUCUAGACUUUUUGCGCUACAUUGUGUUUUUUUUCUGUUAUUGAAAAAUACAAAAAAAUAUAUUUUUCAAAUCCCUUUAACCCGUAGUUCUGCUAAUUUCAAAUUGAAAAAUUAUACAAAUCCUCAACUCAAUAUAGAAACAUCUUGUCAAAUGUUGGUUACAAAAAGAUGCUUUUAUUGCUGGACAAUACAACAUUGAAUAAUAUUAAGGAAUCAACAAUUUAAGCAGAGGAAACGGAAGUAAAAAAUCACAAAUUAAAUUUAAAUUUAAGAAAACUGUUUUAAGUAUUACUUGGAACCACCUGGAUAAAUAAAUUAGCCCACCACACCAUAACAAUUUUAUACAUAUAAACACACACAUUUACAUACACACACACAUACAAAAUGGCUAAAGAUUUUUAUAAAACAUUGGGUAUACCGAAAACUGCCACCGAUGAAGAAAUCAAAAAGGCCUAUAGGAAACUAGCGCUACGUUAUCAUCCCGAUAAGAAUAAAGCCGCAAAUGCCGAAGAGAAAUUCAAAGAGGUCGCCGAGGCUUACGAAGUGUUAUCGGAUAAAAGUAAAAGGGAAAUAUAUGAUAAAUAUGGUGAAGACGGUUUGAAAAAUGGAGGCAGAAGCAACGGCACAGGUUCGAACAAUUCAUUUACAUAUCAGUUCCACGGUGAUCCCCGGGCCACUUUCGCACAGUUCUUUGGCUCCAGCAAUCCAUUCGCCUCAUUCUUCGACGACAAUCUCUUCGACAAGAAUGUCUUCGAUUUGGAUACGGAACACGAUUUCUUUUCAUCACCCUUCGGUGGUCUGGGCUCACGUCAUGGUCUUGGUGGGGCGUUUAGGCCUUCAUUUAGAUCGCAUUCAUUCAAUGUUCAUACGCCCUUCAAAAAGGAGAAACAACAGGAUCCACCGGUGGAACAUGAUCUGUACGUGACGUUGGAGGAAAUCUAUCAUGGCUGUGUUAAAAAAAUGAAAAUCUCAAGGCGUGUCCAACAGCCGGAUGGUGCGUCAAAGAAGGAGGAUAAAUACGUGAGCAUAUCGAUAAAGCCAGGCUGGAAAUCUGGCACAAAGGUGACCUUCCAAAAGGAGGGCGAUCAGGCGCCUGGCAAAAUACCAGCCGAUAUUGUGUUCAUAAUUCGAGAUAAGCCACAUGCCAUGUUUAAACGUGAGGGAAGUGAUUUAAGAUAUACAGCCCGCCUUACAUUAAAACAGGCCUUAUGUGGUGUGGUGUUUCAAGUUCCUACCAUGUCCGGCGAUAAAUUGCGCAUCAGUACCAUGCAAGAGAUCAUCAAACCGAAUACGGUGAAACGUAUACAGGGCUAUGGUUUACCUUUUCCUAAGGACACUUCACGCAAGGGUGAUCUAUUGGUAGCUUUCGAUAUACAAUUUCCCGAGAAAUUAACAGCCGCUCAAAAGGAACUACUCAGGGACAUGUUAUGAUAUGUUACCUCUCAAACAACCAACAACAACAAUAACAUCAAAAACAACAACAACAACAACAUUAAAUGCUGCAAAUAAAUCAUUUAGAAUGAAACUAAAUUUAACAUCAAACAACAAAAUUUAAACUAAUUUUUGAAAUAAUUAAUAAAAAAAAAAUUAUAAAAUGGAAUUCUGAAAACAACAACUUCAAAUACAAUUCACAAAUAAUUGUCUUAAUUAUUAUUUUUUAAAUUAAUAAUUUAAAAAAAAGAUCUUUGUAAUUUAAUAUGUAUCUCUACUUGAGGUAUUUCAAAAUGUUUUUUGCCUCAAAUUUCUUUUUUUUUUUAAACAAAAUGCUCACUAACAAAUUUCCUUAAUUUUUAAAUAAAAUAUUUCUGUUUUUUGUAAAUUUAUUUUUGACUCUCUAAAUAAAUAAAUAGUUUUUUUUAUUAUUAAAUAAAAAUGUCUGUUAAACAAAAUGUCAUUAUAUUAUUGUUUGGUUACUUAAAACAAAAUCUUUUGUGUUUUUGUUAAAAAAAAACUCUUGUGUCUUCUUUUAUCUUUUAAAACAAUUACAAAAACAACAAUUGUACUACUAAUUUAUUAUUUAAAUUUAUAAGUUAAAACCAAUCAACAAACAAAAAUAAAUAAUAAAACCAUAAUGAUCUGUUUUUUGUCUAUAAAUUUAAAUAAAAAAAAAACAAUAA